AUGUACGACCCGAUAUUCUCGAAAAGUUUUAGUAGAUACGAGCGAAGAAAAUUCGGAUGUUGCGCACUAAUUUUGAGCUCCGUUAUUGCUUUGUGCAUUUGCUCAACCUCCAAGCCUAACAUGCAUCCCUCAUCACUGAUUGGCGAUACUGUCAAUUUGAAGCUGUCGAUCGAUGCCGUUGAAGGCAUGCUUGUAAUUGACGAUGAAAUGAAUGAUCGUGACAACUCCAAGCUAACAGUUGGCAGCGUUACAAAUCGAUCAAUUUCGAUUAGUGCUACUCAAAAAAUGUUUGUCGUCAACGAAACCAUUAAUACGAUAUCUCAACCAAUAGUUGGCAGCGUUGCAAAUCAGCCAAUGUCGAUCAGUGCUACUCAAGACAAGCUUGUCGUCAACGAAACAAAUACGAUCUCUCCAGAAAUAGAAAUUCAAACCAAAGAAAUAGAGCCGUUGUGCAGAAUUUUGGAGGCAAAUGCAGACUAUUGUGAGAUGGAAGGCGACAUAAGGGUGGACGCCAACUCAUCGACCGUAUAUCUAGUCACACAUCGUUCCAUCAUUGAAUCACAGCCGUCGAUCACCACUUCAUGGAUCAUACAGCCUUACCCAAGAAAGGGAAUUCUAUACGUCAAGAAUUGGACAGUUACAUUGGUAUCGAACGACGAUAAAAGAGUUCCGGAAUGUUCUAGAACCCACAACCAUCCAGCUGUCCUUUUCUCCAUCGGAGGAUUCUCGGGAAACCACUUCCACGAUUUCGCCGAUAUAUUAGUGCCAUUAUUCUCAACAUCAUUUCAUUUCAAAAAGCAAGUCCAUUUUCUCGCGAGCGAUUACAAGCCAUGGUGGCACUCUAAAUUCCGACCCUUAAUCGACAAGCUAACCAGCCACGAACUAGUCGACAUAGACAGAGAAACGCAAGUCGUAAACUGCUACAACAAAAUGACAGCUGGCGUCAAGUUCUACAGCGAACUCGUCAUAAAAAACUCUUCUUCUUCAUCAACAAUCACCAUGCAGAAUUUCAGGCAAUUUCUCCGAAAAACGUACUCGCUGGAACGAACUAAAUCCAUCAAGAGGAAAAAGGGUCCUCAAACCACAAGGCCCCGUCUCAUGAUAGUGUCGAGAAAAGGUACACGGAUACUAACAAACGAGGCCGAAAUUACCCGAGUGGCGAAAAAGCUAGGGUACGAGGUUGUUUUAGCGGAACCCGAGAUUUCCGCCAACUUGACAGCGUUUGCGCAGAUUGUGAACUCUUGCGAUGUUUUGAUGGGAGUACACGGAGCUGGAUUAACGAACAUGGUUUUCUUGCCCGAUAAUGCAAUCUUGAUUCAAGUGGUUCCGUUGGGAGGGAUUGAUGGAUUUGCUAAGCUUGAUUUCGGAAACCCUGCUUCUGGUAUGAACAUAAGGUAUGUGGAAUACAAGAUCAAAAUCGAAGAGAGUUCUUUAUUUCGACAGUAUCCGAUUGACCAUCCGGUUUUGAGGGAUCCGUUGUCGUUCCAUAGGAACGGGUGGGGUCAACUUAGGUCAAUUUACUUGGAUAACCAGAAUGUCACCAUUGAUGCUCGGAGGUUUAGAGGCACUUUAGUGAAGGCUCUCAAGCUUUUACAACAUUGA